AUGGCAACUACUUCUGACGAAGACAGGGCGGUGCAGCUUGUGGAGAGGGCAAAUGAGAGCACCAAGUCUGGCGAAUUAGCUGUUGCAGCUCGGUACCUGCGUGAGGCUAGUACGAUUGCGCCUGAGCAUCCGCGCAUCAAGGAAGCAUGGGUUGCGCUGAAGGAAGAGGAAGACAAGAGCGAAUUGCUGGGUUACUGUCGAGCUUGGGUGAGGAGCAAGGAUGAACACGAUGGAGAAAAGGCACUCAAAGCGAUAAAAACACAUGGCUUGAAGCAGAAAGAAGCAGAACAAGCGAUGGAUAUCUUGUUUGACUUCAAGGGCGAAGAUGAUGUGUUGGAUCAGGUCUCGGGCGAGCUACUGAAGAAUCCGGGAGCACAGAUGUGGCUUGCGAGAGCCGUCCGGGAGCAGCCGACGCGGAUUUACUACGAAAUGUUCGAGCGGGGCGACGACUCUAUCGACGGCUUGCUCAAGGUCUUGCUCAACCGAGCGAUUUGGCCCGACGAUGAAUCAUUCAAGCAAGGUCAUCGAGACAUGUUCAUGCUCAGUCUAGCCAUGAUGAUGGAGGAGGCGCUCGAGCACCCAGAACGUGCGAUGAAAGGCAUUGCGCAGCUGCUCGCUCAUUAUGCAGAGCAUCUCAAGGGUAUCAUCGAUGCGGAUAGCUUCGACGUGAUUCUCACUUCACUGGAUAUCCGACUACCUGCCAGCCUACGCAGUCAAGCUACCCUCGCAAGUAUCAAGCUAUUCGAGCUUGCACCAGAAACUGCCAGCGAGUUGAUAUCGAAGUUUGUUGCGGCUCGGACCAAGAAGGGAGAAGCGAACGACCUCGUUAUCGCGUUUUCAGCGGCUGCAGCCAUCUUUCCAGUCGCUGUCACGCCAGCAGCUGCGUUGUUCCUUACAGAGGGCUUUGUCAGCACGUUGGUGCCUAGGGUCCAGAGCAAGAAGUCGCACAACCUCGAACAAGCGACUCUAGAACUUAUCAGCGCUGCAUGCGUGGAUAAGAAUUGCCGAGAGGCGAUCAGCAAGCACUGCAGAGAAUGGCUGGAGGACGUGGUUGCAGAGAGUCAGAAUAAGAAGCGGGCUAACCUAGCCGCGCUCAUACUCGUCAAGCUGGGCGAGGAGCAGCCGUCUGAGGAUGCGCCAAGGAUCGUCCGGGCGGAGAAAGUAGACCAGAGUGAUCUAAUCGCUAGCUUCAAGUCAAUGGUCAUAGGCGGCGACACAUCUUCAAAGCAGGAUUCUGUCGAGGGUCUAGCAUAUGCUUCUCUUCAACCCAAAGUACGAGAGGAUCUUUCCAAAUCGCCCAAGUUCCUCAAACGCCUCAUCGAGACCAUGAGUGAUCCUUCGUCACCAAAGAACAUCGUAUUUGGCGGUCUCACCAUUUUCGUCAACAUCACACAAUACCUCCCCUUGCAAUCGGAAGAGGAGAAGCGCAUGGCACAACUAAAAGCCUACGCCAAUGUCCAGAAGCCAUCCGCACCGCACGUCCUACUUAAUGACGAAGACGUCGCUAUACGAUGCAAACGCAUUCUCGAAGCGGGGGUUGUCCCCCUCCUCGUCCACGUCUGCAAAAAGGGCUCUCCAUCAAUCCUUACACAAAGCAGUCUGAUACUCCUCUCGCUCUCGAAAGAGACCAAGUCCCGAGGUCUGAUGGCCCAGCAGGGCGCGGUCAAACUGCUCAUCCAGAUCUGGGACCACAUAUCCUCCACCAACGAUCUUUCGACCACCGGCACAACGCCUUUCCCACCAGCCGCCUUGCCCACAACCGCACAAGCACUCUCCCGACUUUUGAUCAGCAUAAACCCUUCCCAUGUCUUCAACGCCGCACUACCAACCACAUCAGCCAUCCGCCCGCUCCUCAGCCAACUACAGCGAACAGAUUCGAGCAUAUGGCAACUACACGCAUUUGAAUCGCUGCUCGCGCUCACAAACCUCGCGAGUUUGGAUCGGAAUACACAAGACCAUAUUAUACGCCAGUCUUUCGAUACUGUUGUCGAUGAUCUACUACUCGGUGCCAAUACUAUGAUACGACGUGCGGCAACGGAACUCAUAUGCAAUCUCAUGGCUUCACCAGUCUGCAUCGGGAACUUCGCUGACGGAAGCCCCCGAGCGAAACAUCGCUUGCACCUUCUGCUCGCCAUGACAGACGUUGAUGACGCUGCUACGCGUUCAGCGGCUGGUGGCGCACUGGCUAUGCUGCUGAGUGUUGAUAUCGCUGUGCUGGAGUUUUUGCAGCAGAAGAAGAGUGUUGAGUGGCUGGUAGGACUGUGCAAAGACGAUGAUGAGGGCAUCAGGUAUCGGGGAAUUGUUUGUUUGAGGAGUGUAGUGGAUGUGCCUAAGGGGGUGGAAAAGUGUAAGGCGGAGGGUGUGAUAGAGGAUUUGAAAGAAGUGCUGAAGGGGACGAGAAGUCCAGAUGUGCUUGGAGCGGGGGUGGAGACAUUGAAGAUAUUGAUGGCCAUCGCAGCCACUAGAUACGCGUCUACAAUGCCCAUCACCGAACUCGCUCUCCUCCACCUCACACCCGGUACCACAAUCGACGAUGCCGCCCUCCGCUCGAAACUGUCGCAGGCAAAAUCAGUCCUGCAGAACUACACCGGCCGCACCUUCUACUACAUGCAGCAGACGGAAGACCCAUCGUGCAUUUACGUCAUCGGAGAAUGGGACUCGCUCGAUCAGCACUUAAAUGAUUUCAUCCCAAGCGCAGACAACCAAGCUUUACUGGAGAGUCUAAAAGACGCAAUUACUGUAGACUCCAACCUCGAACACCUUGAUGUAUCGAACGCUGAGCUCCCCUUGCCGACAACUCAGGCGCAACUCGAACAAGCGCGUCGUGGGGAACUGGUAUGGAGUAUCGUCCAUUGCAACGUCAAGGCUGAUGAGAGACACCGGUUCCUCGAUGCUUUUAAUGAAGAACUGCGGUUUUUACAGGGUCACAUAAACGGGUUAAAGGGUAAGACUGGGCGUGGAUGGUGUGUUGGUGGGAAAGGAGACAAGAGAAAUGUUUCUGUGGCUUUGUGUCCGUGGAAGAGCGUUGAGCAACACUUGGGAUUUGGCAAAACGGAGGGGUACGCGGAGAUUGGGGAUAUUGGAGAUUUUGUUGAUGAGAUUGAUGUUAAGCAUGCUAAGCUCCUGGACAUCUGA